CGAGAGCAUACCUAACCAUCCAAGCCCCGCCCCCAUGCUUUCUUGUUCUCGCAACAUCACCCACUGCAACCUACAGAUUGCCAGUGGCCGGUUCUGAUGCAAGACGACCAGCGUUCUACAGGCUCAGCCUCAACUGCACCCUACCCAGCACAGUUCAAGGUGGCCAUUCCGCGUCUCUCUUCGCGACGCGCUCCGCCAGCAGCCACUUCCAAGUCUCGUCAGAGAGAUCGGGUCCAACUAGCAUGCCGCAACUGUCACAAAAAAAAAAUCAAAUGCAGUGGUGGUCUUCCCCGGUGCAACUACUGCGACAAGGCCGACACGCCCUGUGUUUAUGAGCGUCCACGGAGAGACCGCCUAGCCCUCGCCAAUGCACGCAAUGAUACGCUAGUCUCUAUCCUCAAGGACCUUAGUCUGCGUCUCGACGCCGACGACAGGCAAAGAAUUGUAGAUGCUCUCCAGGAUUCCGACGACGAAUCCACCCCACCACCCUUCACACCAUCUUCUUCUUCUCGCCUAUCCGUCGCCUCCCUGUACCAAAAGCAUUCGCACUUGCAGCCUACUACUACUACUUCCUCGACCCAGGCUCUAGGACUAUCAACUGACUCAGACCAAUCAUCACUACCCCGGUUAGACGGUAUCCUCCCUGACGAAUCAGACGAUGAAGAUGAAGAAGCAGCGGCAGAUCUCUUCGAUGUAGUCGAAGCAGGGUUCCCAAGCCAGGUGUCUGAAGUUCAAUGGCUACAGAGCCUCAGAAAUAGGAUCCAGGUUGUCGCCCCGCCCGGCCUGGAAUCGACAAGCGCCUCAGUGCCCAUGGCAUUCCCGCUACCUCCGGUCCUUGUCCCAUCGCCAGCUUUCACUCCAACCAACCCGGUUCCCUCUACUGCGCCCAUCACCUAUCCUUCCGCCACUUAUCAUCUUGACGACGAAGGUGUCAAGAUUAUCCACGGCGGCAAUCCUUUUGAGCUGCCCUCGGAACAAACCGCAAACUUUCUCUUCCAGUGUUUCAAACGCACUGUUCAGAAAUCCUUUCCGAUCCUGCCAACCAUGCUUGAGGCACAGCUGCAUCAGUAUUACAGCCUAGUUCACAGCCACAAAGAAAUACAAUGCCCACAGAACUGGUUUGCCUUGGUCAAUCUCGUCUUCGCCAUUGGAGCUAAAUUCUCUCAUCUCAUCCAAGCCGACUGGCGCGCCGACAGUCUCGAUCAUGUCAUAUACAUAUCACGUGCUUAUCAGUUGCUCGCAAUGACUGACUCUGCCUUUAGCUUCUCGACUCCAGAUUUGUCUUCUAUUCAGGCAGCUGGUCUUUUUAGCAUUUACCACAUGAGUGUUGGUCAUUUCAACAGAGCCUGGAUAAUGGCCCGUGGAGCCAUGCAAUCUGCACUUUCCCUUGGACUCCAUGCUCAGCAGGAAGACCAUUCUAUGUCUGCAGCCAGACAACAAAGUCGCGUAGACACAUGGUGGAGUCUACAUGCACUAGAGAGCCUCUUGGCUUCAAUCACGGGCCGUCCAAGUACUCUGCCAGGUGACCAAAUCACUACCCCUUCAUCACAAGCUUUUUUUGAUACAACAUCCAGCACCUAUGGACAAGGUGCUCCCAGAACAACAAACAUGGCAUUCCUAGACGCCGACUCUAGCUUGCACAUGCUAACGCAGCAGGUGAUAUCCACUCUGUAUACCCAACGAAAGCUGGUUCCGCCAUGGUCUCGCGUCCAACAGACAAUGGUUGCGUUGGUAGGAGAUUUGGACAAAUGGGUUGUGGAUUGCGUUCCCCACUUCCAUUCGGAAAAUUGGGCUAUGGAUUACACCCAACAGCGCAAUAACUCUCUACUUAAACUCCAGUACUACCGCGUAAAGAUCCUAAUGACACGCCCUUCGCUUCGCCGUAUCGAGCGUUCUACGGAAUCUGGGUCGGGUGAAUUCACCAACUUGGACCAAUCCAUAGCCGAGGCAUGCAUUCAAGCAGCGAGCGAUGUGGUGGCACUUUUGGGGACAGUGCCUGACAUAGCAACUUUGUACGAAAAGGGUCCGUGGUGGACCAUUGUUCAUAAUGUGAUGCAAGCGCUCGCUAUUUUGAUGAACGCAAUCGCAUGCCCAGACCAUUUCGCUGACUCGUCUUCGUUGUCGGCACACGGUGUACGACAGCUCGUUGGCUGGCUGCUUGCCAUGCGUGCGACCAACGUCAUAGCGGCGAGGGCACACCAACUUGUGUAUUCUCUCGUCAAGACAUCGAACCCACAGGUCUGGGCCAGCAUAGCAGAUGUGUUUCCAGACGAUGUUAGUAUGGUGCUGCUGCAGCCUUUACCUGCCCUCGUCGAUCCAAAGUAUGUGCCGUGGCCGGCCAAAGAAUCGCCAAUUGAUGCGUGGUUUGAAUAUGAUCUGAACAGCUUCUUUGGUUACAAUUACCCUGCUUCAAUAGGAGGGUAUGGUCAACUUCUGAAUAUUUUGUAUAGAUUUAGAUGGCAAAGGACUUGCAAAGGGUCGAUGACGCUACAUUAGUGCCAUCUUGGUAGGAUAACGUGUAACAGUAUUUCAGCUUGGAGUAUAAUCUCUGACAGGAUCAUGUUUGAUGGGAAUACAAGAUAUGGACGCGCAAGAAGGGGGUAUUGAGGCGACUAUGACAACUAGUGGAUAGACGAGAACCGGGCUUUCUUUUUCCUGGAAACAGCGAACAGGUUAAAACAAGAUGAUACCUACAAGUACCAAUCGCCUUUGUGUAAGAGUGGGAUGUCAUGAUGUAGGUGUUUGGGGAGACGCUUCCGGCUGACCACGCUGCUUUUACCCCUGAAUGAUGAAAAUUCAAUGAAUAUACGAAACAAUCAGCAAAAAAGAGAUAGAUGAUUCCCA